ACAAACCUCCCUGUCCUCUCCUGCAGACAGAACCACAAUCCUGCGCUACUUGCGAGGCUGUAAGUUCUCCCUGGAGAAGACCAAGGCCAAGAUGGAGAUGUACUACAUGUGUAAAGGCGCUAUGCCUGAUAUGUUUCAGGGGCGCGACCCCCAAGAUCCCGCAUUAAGGACCAUAUUGAAGAUGGGGCUGAUGUUCCCACUACCAGGACGCGACCCCCAGGGCCGCACGGUGAUCUUCGGCCGCCUGGGAGCUUGGGAUCCCAGUAAGGUAAAGCCAGAAGACCUGUUCAGGGCAGCGGGAAUGCUCUUCGACGUGUUGUUCCUGGAGGAUGAACAAACUACUGUCACUGGUAUUGUUCAAGCCAACGACAUGACGGGCCUCACCUUCAAGCAUGUUGCUGCUCUUCCCUUUCCUUUGGUCAGGAAGGUCUUGUUGACCUGGCAGGAAGGCUACCCGUUGAGACCCAAGAGUGUUCACUACAUCAACACUCCUCAGGCUUUUGACACACUUUUCAACCUCUUCAAGCCACUCAUGAAGGAAAAGAUGAAAAACAGGGUCCAUGUACACGGGAACAAGCUGUCAGGAAUGCAUAAGUUUGUCCCUAAGUCAAUGCUGCCCAACGAGUAUGGUGGUACUGGUGGAACUAUCCAGGAAAUCUCUGAGUACUGGCUGCAGAAGAUGGAUCAUCACCGUGCCUGGUUCCUGGAGGAUGAGAAGCACAGAGCAGAUGAAACAAGGCGCCCUAGAAAACCCAAGACAGAUGCUAUCCUAUUUGGAAGUGUUGAGGGCUCUUUCAAGAAACUCAGUAUUGACUAGCAAUUUUUUUUUUUUUUAACAAGUCGCCAUCUCCCACCAAGGCAGGGCGACCCAAAAAGAAAGAAAAUCCCCAAAAAGAAAAUACUUUCAUCAUCAUUCAACACUUUCACCUCACUCACACAUAAUCACUGUUUUUGCAGAGGUGCUCAGAACACAACAGUUUAGAAGCAUAUACGUAUAUACACAACAUAUCCCUCCAAACUGCAAAUAUCCCGAAACCCCUCCUUUAGAGUGCAGGCAUUAUACUUCCCAUAGCAAAUAUCUGCACAUAAAAAAAUCUCAAACUCACCUUGCUAUAUAUACACUAAUAAUAAAUCUGACACUAUUAUUUCGUUUGCAGCUCUUGUGGAGCAUUUUAUUGGUAUUUGCAGUCUUAAAAACAUGGGAAAAAUUCUGCCCAGUGUCUUCCAGUUACGAGGUUUUACCUAUUGGGACAAUAUUUCACUAAGGGUUGAGCUUCAUAACGUCACAACCUUUCAUACGUAUUGUAUAUACAUGUGGAAAGUGAAGUAAGAACAAAAAGGAAUUAUAUGCCAGGUUCUGAUGAUGCAGAUAGCAAGAAUACUGUAGUUGGCCUACAGGUCCAUUGAGAUUUGAACUGUUGGUAGAUUACAGGCUGGGUGUUUCCCAGCCUGUAAUCCAGCAAGCUAGGAAGAUAAUGUAUAGAAAGGGUUUUGCUUAAGCUGAAAUCACUCUGGUUCUAUUCAAUAAUUCAGAAGUAAUUGUUGUGCCAAUGCUUGCUGAUUACAGGCACCUUUUAUCCAAUGGUUCAGACCUAAACAGUAGACCAGUAGGCAAACUGCAGAGCUUUGUGGUGCACAUCGUCAGCAUCUGACGUAAGAUUCUUACCUUCCUCUUCUUUAGUAUAUAGUAUACAGUCAUGCGCUGCUUAACAAUGUUUCGGUGAACAAUGGACUGCAUACAUAUGAUGUAGCCCUGUUUAGGCCUAGGCUAAUGUAUGUUUUU